UUUCUGCGUCAGAGGAAAACUUUAUUGUCCAUAACCGGAAGACAGAAGCGGACUACGUGUCAGGAAAAAGAAAUCGGCUAAACAGGCGAAGGAGUCCAGGCCGUCCCUGUCAUUUACACUGAAUUUUUUUUUUUGUUCUCAUUGAUUACUUUUGUUUUAACCAUAGUUUUAAUAUUAGGGUUUGAAGGGCUUAAACGGUGAGAAUGUUAACUAAAUUUGAAACGAAGUCGGCCCGAGUCAAAGGCCUGAGUUUCCAUCCCAAAAGGCCAUGGGUUCUUGCAAGUUUGCACAACGGUGUGAUCCAGCUGUGGGACUAUCGGAUGUGCACACUGAUCGACAAAUUUGAUGAACAUGACGGCCCCGUCCGAGGAAUUGAUUUCCAUAAACAGCAGCCCCUGUUUGUGUCUGGAGGAGAUGACUAUAAAAUCAAGGUGUGGAACUACAAGCUGAGGCGCUGCCUCUUUACUCUUCUCGGACACCUGGACUACAUUAGAACAACAUUCUUUCAUCAUGAAUACCCCUGGAUUCUGAGUGCCUCUGAUGAUCAGACAAUCCGCAUCUGGAACUGGCAGUCCAGGACGUGUGUAUGUGUACUCACAGGACACAAUCACUACGUGAUGUGUGCCCAGUUCCACCCAUCUGAAGACCUGGUGGUGUCUGCCAGUCUGGACCAGACCGUGCGAGUGUGGGAUAUCUCCGGUCUGAGGAAGAAGAACCUGUCUCCUGGCGCCGUGGAGACGGAAGUGCGCGGCAUCACUGGGGUUGACCUAUUUGGCGCCUCGGAUGCUGUUGUGAAGCAUGUCCUUGAGGGUCAUGAUCGUGGGGUCAACUGGGCUGCCUUCCAUCCCAGCAUGCCUCUCAUCGUGUCGGGAGCUGAUGACAGACAGGUGAAGAUCUGGAGGAUGAACGAGUCCAAAGCAUGGGAGCUCGAUACUUGCCGUGGUCACUACAACAAUGUGUCCUGUGCAGUUUUCCACCCACGUCAGGAGCUCAUUCUGUCCAACUCUGAGGACAAGAGCAUCCGAGUCUGGGACAUGUCCAAAAGGACCGGAGUGCAAACCUUUCGCCGUGAUCAUGAUCGCUUCUGGGUCCUGGGGGCUCACCCAAACCUCAACCUGUUUGCAGCAGGUCAUGAUAGUGGUAUGAUUGUAUUCAAGCUGGAGCGGGAGCGCCCUGCGUACGCUGUACACGGCAACAUGCUGUACUACGUCAAGGAUCGCUUCCUCCGUCAGCUGGACUUCAACAGCAGCAAAGACACUGCUGUCAUGCAGCUCCGCAGUGGUUCUAAGUUCCCGGUGUUCAGCAUGUCUUACAACCCUGCCGAGAACGCUGUCCUGCUCUGUACUAGGGCCACCAACCUGGAGAACAGUACUUACGACUUGUACUCGAUUCCCAAAGAAAGUGACUCUCAGAACCCUGAUGCACCUGAGGGGAAACGAUCUUCUGGUCUGACGGCUGUCUGGGUGGCAAGAAACCGGUUUGCUGUUCUCGAUCGCAUGCACUCUCUUCUGAUCAAAAACCUGAAGAAUGAAAUAGUGAAGAAAGUCCAGGUGCCGAGCUGCGAGGAGAUAUUCUACGCAGGAACGGGUUCGCUGCUGCUGCGGGAUGCUGAUGGCGUCACGCUGUUCGACGUGCAGCAGAAACGUUCGCUGGCCACUGUGAAGAUCGCUAAGGUCAAAUAUGUGGUGUGGAGCUCUGACACCAGCCACGUGGCUCUGCUGGCUAAACACGCUAUAAUGAUUUGCAACCGUAAGCUAGAUAGUCUCUGCAACAUCCACGAAAACAUCCGAGUGAAGAGCGGAGCCUGGGAUGAGAGUGGGGUCUUCAUUUACACCACCUCCAACCACAUCAAAUAUGCCCUCACUUCUGGUGACCACGGCAUCAUCAGGACCCUGGAUCUGCCCAUCUACGUGACCCGUGUGAGAGGAAACAGUGUUUACUGCCUGGACAGAGAAUGCAGGCCCCGUGUGCUCACCAUCGACCCGACUGAGUACCGCUUCAAACUGGCUCUGGUCAAUCGCAAAUAUGAUGAGGUGCUUCACAUGGUGCGUAAUGCCAAGCUGGUGGGCCAGUCCAUCAUUGCCUACCUGCAGAAGAAGGGCUACCCUGAGGUUGCGCUGCACUUUGUCAAAGAUGAGAAGACACGUUUCAGCUUGGCUCUGGAAUGUGGAAACAUCGAGGUGGCACUGGAGGCAGCCAAGGCCCUGGAUGAGCGCAGCUGCUGGGAGCGUCUGGGUGAGGCAGCACUGCUGCAGGGACACCACCAGGUUGUGGAAAUGUGCUACCAGAGAACCAAGAACUUUGACAAGCUCACCUUCCUCUACCUCAUCACGGGUAACUUGGCCAAGCUGCGCAAGAUGAUGAAAAUAGCUGAGAUCAGAAAGGACAUGAGCGGCCACUACCAGGCAGCUCUUUACCUGGGCGAUGUCAGCGAGAGGGUCCGCAUCCUGAAGAACUGUGGACAGAAGUCUCUGGCUUACCUGACUGCAGCCACACAUGGGCUGGAUGAGGAGGCAGAGGCUCUAAAGGAGACGUUUGACCCAGAGAAAGAAACGGUGCCAGAGGUAGAUCCUAAUGCACAGCUGCUGCAGCCUCCUCCACCCAUCAACCCUCUGGACACCAACUGGCCUCUGCUCACGGUUUCUAAGGGCUUCUUUGAGGGAGCCAUUGCUGCAAAGGGUAAGGCAGUUCAGAUGGCUGCAGAUCUGGAUAUGGACACCGCUGGAGCCGAGGGCUGGGGAGACGAUGCUGAGCUCACUAUGGACGAAGAUGGCUUCACUGAUGCCCAGGAUGGAUUAGGAGAUGAAGGAAUUGGGAAAGAGGAAGGAGGAGGUUGGGAUAUUGAUGAAGAUGUUGAACUUCCUCCAGAGUUGGACGUGCCAGUUGGAACAGGUGGAGGAACUGAAGAUGGCUUCUUCGUGCCACCUACCAAGGGCAUGAGUCCAACCCAGAUGUGGUGCAACAACUCCCAGCUGCCAGUGGACCACAUCUUGGCUGGCUCCUUUGAAACCGCUUUGAGACUUCUUCACGAUCAGGUUGGAGUUGUAAACUUUGCCCCCUACAAGUCGCUGUUCAUGCAGACGUUUUCCAGAGGACGCACCUGCUUCCUGGGGCUGCCUUCACUACCUUGUCUGCGUGGUUAUCCCCAAAGGAACUGGAAGGACUGUGGAGCAAAACAAGGCCUGCCUGCUGUGGGGCUGCGCCUCUCUGAUCUGAUUGCCCGCCUGCAGCAGUGCUACCAGCUGACCACGUCUGGGCGGUUUGAGGACGCUGUUGAGCGCUUCAGAGCCAUCUUGCUUUCUGUUCCUCUGCUGGUGGUUGAUAACAAGCAGGAAAUUGCAGAGGCUCAGCAGCUCAUUACAAUAUGCAGAGAGUACAUAGUGGGCCUGACUAUGGAGAUUGAGAGGAAGAAGCUGCCAAAGGAAACAUUGGAGCAGCAGAAGAGGAUUUGUGAAAUGGCUGCCUAUUUCACCCACUGCAAUCUACAGCCCGUCCACAUGGUGCUGGUGUUGCGUACAGCCCUCAACCUUUUCUUCAAACUUCGCAACUUCAAAACGGCUGCAGGAUUUGCACGGCGCCUUCUGGAGCUUGGGCCGAAGCCAGAUGUUGCACAGCAGACCCGCAAAAUCUUGGGGGCUUGUGAGAAGACCCUGACGGACACCCACCAACUGAACUAUGACCCCCACAAUCCAUUUGAUCUGUGCGCUGCCUCCUUUGUUCCACUCUACCGUGGACGUCCUAUUGAGAAGUGCCCACUGUCUGGAGCUGGCUACUGCCCCACUUACAAAGGCCAGAUCUGCAGAGUCACACAGGUGACUGAGAUUGGUAAGGAUGUGAUCGGUCUGCGUGUGAGUCCUCUCCAGUUCCGCUAAGACUACCAGAUGGUCUGCAGCCCACAUCCAACCCUCCUCUAUAAAGAAACCAUUAUAUAAUGAUUAAAAUUUGAAGCUGAGAUGUUUGUGCACAGUGAUGUAACUUCAAUAAUGUCAGCCUGUUCCUCAAGACCUGAAAUGUAUCCUAUUAGUUUAUUUUCUUGUGGCUGCUACAUUAUAUCUGUCUGCUUGUUCCUAAAACUUCACUCUUCACUUUGUGUUGAAUGACUAAAAAUAAACAAAUGUACGUCAGUUCUUCCUGUAUGUGGGGAAAAAACUAAUUAAAGUUAAAUGAGUAGAA